AUGGCGGACGAACCAGGCCAGCCUCCGGCGCUCACCAAUUUGAGCCUUGCCGAACAGGCCCCCGAGGUCGAAACAAAGCAAGCCACCGGUCAAAUUGUGACUCCCUUCGAUGUCUCUGGUGGUGUUGACGAGUCUGGCAAGCUGCUGCCGGUGGACUACAAUAAGCUGGUGCAGCAGUUUGGAGCCAGUCCUUUGACUCCGGACAUUCUGGAGCGUUUCGAGAGGGUCACUGGCCACCGGCCGCAUCGUUACAUGCGCCGUGGCAUUGUGUUCAGUCACCGCGACUUGACCAAGAUUCUCGACUGCCAUGAACAGGGCAAGCCUUUCUACCUCUACACUGGCCGUGGUCCUAGUAGUGAUAGUAUGCAUUUGGGACAUACUGGGCCAUUUGAGUUUACCAAGUGGUUACAGGAUGUAUUCGAUGUGCCCCUGGUCAUCAUGAUGACUGACGACGAGAAGUUUAUGCACUCUCAAAAAAUCGAGAUCGAAGACGCCAAACGCUAUACCAAGGCCAAUGUACGGGAUAUUAUCGCUGUUGGCUUCGAUAUGAAGAAGACUUUCAUUUUCAGCGACUUUGAAUUUGUUGGCGGUGCUUUCUACGAGAACAUCUGUCGCUUAGCGAAGCGUAUUACAAUCAACCAGAUCCGAGGCACAUUCGGAUUCAACGACAGCAACAACAUUGGAGAGUUCCAUUUCUGUGCCAUCCAGUCCGCCACUGCUUUCGCGACUAGUUUCCCUCACAUCUUUGGCAAUGACCACAAGAAGGCCGCUAAGAUUCCUUGCUUGAUUCCCUGCGCCAUUGACCAAGAUCCCUACUUCCGUCAAUGCCGUGAUUACGCCGAGAAGAUGAAGUACAAGAAGCCCUCGCUCAUUCACUCCAUUUUCUUGCCUGCUUUGCAAGGUCCCGGCUCAAAAAUGUCCGCUAGUAUUGAUAGCUCCGCUAUUUUCAUGAACGACACGCCUAAGAAGAUCAAGGACAAGAUCAACAAGUUUGCUUUCUCCGGUGGUGGUGCAAGUGCUGAGCUGCACCGCGAGAACGGUGGUAACACUAAGGUCGAUGUUCCCUUCCAGUACCUUACUUUCUUCCUCGAGGAUGACGAGGAGCUCGAGCGCAUCCGUGUCAGCUACGAGAAGGGUGAGAUGAUGACUGGUGAACUUAAGAAGCGCUGUAUCGAGGAGCUUCAGGCGUACGUGUUAGGCUUCCAAGACCGCCGCGGUAAGGUCACUGAUGAGAUUGUGGCCGAGUAUAUGCGCGCUCGUCCUCUUGAGUGGAAUGGAAACCCCAAUCCUGUCCAGCCAGCAAAGAAAUAG